AUGGCAACCUCUGGCAAAUCCGUCUUUCUCAUCGGCCCCGGUUUCAUUGGCCGGGAAGUCCUCGAUCUGCUUCUCGCUGAGAAAUAUGCCGUGACAACCCUGACCCGCCGCGAGAAUUACGCGGCCGAGCUCCAACAGAGCGGUGCAAAGACCGUGCUCGGCAGCCUGGAUGACCGAGACACCAUCAUCAAGCAGACCGUCGCCAGUGACAUUGUCAUCCACACUGCCACGGCAGACCAUCUGCCAUCAGUCGAGGCCGUCAUUGCAGGCAUUGAGGAACGCGCCGGCCAAGGAAAACAGACCAUCUUCAUUCACACGAGCGGCACUUCGCUGCUCAGCGACGACGCCAAGGGCGAAUACAAGUCCGAUAAGAUCUUCUACGAUGACAAGCCCGAGGACAUCGAUGCGCUCCCCGACAGCGCCUCACAUCGCUUGAUCGACCUCGCCAUCGUCCGCGGCCGUCAGAGACUCGGAAAUAAGGCGAAAAUGGUCAUUAUGAUCCCGCCGUUGAUCUACGGCGCCAACCCCAAAUACAAGCGUCUCUCCAUCCAAUUGCCGACCUUGACUCGAUUUGCCCUGAAACACGGGUAUGCAGGCUACGUGGGCAAGGGUGCAUCUGUCUGGUCCGAGAUCCACGUCGUGGAUCUGGCCCGGGGCUACCUUACACUUUUACACUGGCUCGAACAAACCGACGCUUCCAAGGUGCUCGAAAAUCCUUACUUUUUCUGCGAGAACGGACGAGAGUUCGCCUGGAAAGAUGCCGUGGCACAGAUUGCCAAAGCCUUGCACGCUGCCGGGCGGCUUAAGUCGCCAGAACCCAAGUCGAUCCCGGAGAGUGAUUUUGACGACCUCUUUGGCAAGUAUACAGCGUGGGUGGUUGGAUCAAACUCGAGAAGUAGGGCGAACCGGCUGAGGGCGCUAGGAUGGGAGCCCAAGGAGAAGGACCUGAUGGCAUCUUUAGUGGAGGACGAGGUUCCGCUUCUGUGUCAAGAGACGGGCGAGUUUCGUGGGUAUGCUGGUGUGGCGGCUUCUGGGGGAUCAUAG